AUGAGGACAGUGCAGGUGAUCUUCCUCAGAGCAGUUGUGCUCACUGUGUGCACCCUCAUAUCAAGGGUUGAUUGUGUCGAAUGGUGUUAUCAUCUACAAACCUGCAAUGACACCACCUGGGCAUCUAUCGUGCCUACAUUUUGUAAUGACUCCAUACAAUCGCCCAUUAACAUCCACAUUGGAACAUUCAGUGCCACAUUGGAUGUGAAACUGAAGAAUUUCCCCUUUACCAACUUCAACAGUAACACCGAUUACGGACAGGUUAUCCUUGAAAAAGAUGUUAAGAUUUCCGGAGGAGGUCUGCUUAGCACCUAUGACAGCCUGCAGUUCCAUUUGCACUGGGGAAAUGGAUCCUCUGUCCCCUGGUCUGAUCACACAGUGAAUGGCAAGUGCUUCCCUGUAGAGUUGCACAUUUUAAACCUCAAGGACGUCUACAAUGGCAACACAACCAAGGCUGAGGGAGACCCCACAGGCCUUGCUGCUCUUGGCUUCCUCAUUGAGGUUUGCACCUUUAUGUGGUACAAACCUCAAAAGCUUUUUGUUUUGUGUCAAGGUCAAACUUUUACAAUUCCUUCUGGAAUUUCACUGGAUGACCUCCUUGUUGGCGUGAACCGCUCAAUAUACUAUCGUUACCUUGGCUCCUUGACCACCCCUGCUUGCAAUGAGGCCGUGGUUUGGACUGUGUUCAAAGAGCCAAUCAAAGUCAGCAAGGAUUUGGUGAGUUUCUCUUCACCCUUAC